AAAUCGUUGGUGUGUUAUCUGCGAGCUGUGGGGACACAAUGAGCAUGAGUGCUGGUACAAUAUAUGCCGAGUCCUACGAGCUGCGGUACGUCGAGCCGACUAGAGAUGAAUCAGGCACUGAUUUUCGCAGUCACGCAUGUUUGGCCGCGGAUAUGCGACGCUUGAGGGAGGCUCUCGAGUGACAAUGAACGAAAACGGCAUAACAGUGGAAAUCAGGGGCGCUGGUCGCGGAAGAAAUCCUCCGAGAAGGAAUGCCAAUUGGAGACGGAAUCACCGUUGGGGACGCGCAGUGCGAUUUGACAACCGUGCCGGUCGUCGUCUGUCUCCUGCUAGACCGCCUGUGAGUUCAACGCAAGCUACCAGUUCCGCUGCUACGAACGCCCAAUACCGCUCUGACGAGCCUAGACGAUCGUCCGCCACAAACGCCCAACAUGAUGCUGCGGUUGAACCGUUUCCACCGGUCCAUCAUCCACAGAGGCCAAGCAACCACAACCACGUCUCUGGAAGCGCACCGUAUGUUCCGGAUGAGACAGGCGACCCCGACGUCGGUAUGACGGUCGAAGACAGUAGUAACACCGAAGACUGGGACACGCAGUUGGAAUCCAGUGGGCUUGAUAAAGCAGCGGCAGAUCUCCAAGCAAUCAAGCUUGACCCGCUUGACACGGCGGAAGAUGAAGCUAUGGCCAAUGCUGGACGCUCUGAGGACGUCGCUGAAAAAUACUGCGGCGAGAUUUUUACACAAAUUUGAGCGAUCCCCUUUCAAGUUGCGAAAUAUGAGUGCGCGUGGCUCGACAGAUUGGUCGGAAAGAUGAGUGCUCUAGUUGGGGCUUUUAGUAUAUUAAGGUUCUCAUGCCUGCAUGGGCAUUGCUGCGAGGGUAAACUAGCAGCAGCCAGUAUAUCCUCGGCGAAACGCCUGGCCUCCGGCAGAAGCUACAGGAAUUGGUGUGCGGGCUUUGAACCAGAUUAGUUGGAACGAUCAAAGGCUAUAUUGAAGUGAAGGGCAAUGGGGCAAAUGAAGAUCGGAAGACUAUAGUAGUUCC